AGGAGAGGAGAAAGACGGGAGGAGGGAGCAGGGCGCAGAAGGGACCAGGGCGCGGGGAGGCGGCAGGCCGGGCCCGGUCGCUGCUCCCUCCCCGGGCGGCUCCUCCGCCAGCGGGUGCUCGCCUCUCCUGCAGCCCGCAGCCCGCCCGCUCCCUGCCCACCCCGCGCCUCUGCUCUGUCCCGGGCUCCGGGCCCCGCUCGUCACCGGGAGAGAUGAGUGCGGCCACGGCGCCCGAGCGCGGCUGGAAGAGCGAGAAAGUGGACGAGGCUCAGGCCCUGGCGCGGAGCUGCGCCGCCCGCAGACCCGACUUCCAGCCGUGCGACGGGCUGUCCAUCUGUGCCACGCACAGCCACGGCAAGUGCUUCAAGCUGCACUGGUGCUGUCACCUGGGAUGGUGUCACUGCAAGUAUGUGUAUCAGCCUAUGACCCCGGUGGAGCAGCUCCCAAGCACAGAGAUUCCUGCAAGGCCGCGAGAGCCGACCAACACCAUGCAAAUCUCCGUCUCGCUCACUGAACACUUUCUGAAAUUUGCGUCUGUCUUCCAGCCUCCGCUUCCCCCUGACUCGCCAAGGUACUGUAUGAUUUCCGAUCUCUUCAUCGACAACUAUCAGGUUAAAUGUAUUAAUGGGAAGAUGUGCUACGUGCAGAAGCAGCAGGCGCCCCAUUCCCAGAAGAUGAGCCCUGAGGAGGUCUCUGCACACGAUGCCUUAAUUUCUAAAGAGAGUGACACUCCGAAACUGGGUCACUGCUCCUCCCCUUCCGGUUCUGAGGACUCGGGGAUCAAUGCAAUUGGGGCUCACUAUGUGGAAUCCUGUGAUGAGGACACAGAAGAAGGGGCGGAGCUGAGUUCUGAGGAAGAUUAUAGCCCUGAGAGCAGCUGGGAACCCGAUGAGUGCACCCUGCUCUCUCCUUCUCAGUCCGAUCUGGAAGUGAUCGAAACGAUGGAGACCACUGUGUAGGCAGCUGGGAACUGCGGCCGGGGUCCACCCUGAGCUUCUUCUGUUCUUUGAUUUGACGAGUCCUUUUCCAAUACUCUUGGCAUUUCCCAAGCCCCAUUACUAACCGUAGCAGUCCAGUGGUCUGCUUAGUGUUCCCCGUAUAUUACCUUGUAAUGACAUUGUUUCCUUUUGUAUCUUGCUUUCUAUGUAGCAUCUGGUGUCAUGAGUUGUGACCCAGCCUUAAUUUCACUGAGAACUUUGAGAGCGGUGGUGACCAUAGGUCACAUGGAGGAGCUACCCAGAGUGGAAGUAACCAUAGUUUACCUGUAGCCUGUCCUUCGUGGUGAAGGCUCUUUCUUCCCUUAGCUUCCCUUUGGCGUGUCAUGUGACACCUCUGUCCAGUUGGUUUUGGGGUCCGGGAGCAGCUCACUUCUGGAAACAGUGUUGCAGCCAGUGUUCCCUCCCUUCCUCUUCUGUUUGUCACCCACAUUGGCUCAGGACAAGAGUAGCCUCUGUUACUUCUAGAAAGUCCUUCGAGGACCCCUAGUGAUGGCCGUGGCACAGCCUCUGUGACUGAAAGGGUCUCUCUAGUUUGCGUCCAGUCCAGCGGGGAUUCAGGAGUCCUGGUUCUCACCUCGAAGGGGCCACAUUGUAGUACAGAAUACAAGUCAAACAGCUUGCUGUGUUGGAGGAUGUUGGAAUCGGGAAGGAGAGGUGGACUCGGCCUGGGCUGGCUGAGACCAUUGCUAUAGUGUCUGAGCUGGCCCCAGGUGGGUUCUACAGUGUCCACUGCCCUUCUUGAUUGUUUUUCGGUUCAGGGAGAAGCAUUUAGGUUUCGUAGGUAUUAUAUUUAGGAGGUAACACAUCUGACAUCUUAAGAAAAAAAUACACAAUAGUUUUAGUUAGCAUGAAAAUGCUAAGAGACAGAAGUCCUUUAGGGAUUAGGAAUGAAUCUAAUAGGUUUGAUCUAUUUUGCUUCGUUUGGUUGUAUGAAGCAUUAGAAUGGCUUAGAUGAGAAAUGGACUAGAAUUUUGUAUGAUGCAUGGAUUUUAUGCAAAUGCAAAAACAGUUGCGAUAGCUCACUGCUGAGUCGGGAAGAUGUUUUAUGUAACACUUCUUCACUUUUCUAGCCUGGAGUCCACACACAUUGUGUGCAUUCUUUCUCACACACAAAAUAGUGAGCAAUUCCUUUUUAUGUAGCUUUCUUCAAAACUCUGUUCCUAAUUUGCUAUUAACUGGGUAUUCUCAUGUGAUCUUAUUAUCUGCCAAUUCCCCAAAUCUGUCUGUGAGGCAUAGUAUAAAUCUGGGACCUUUUAACAUAUACUGUCAUAAAACAAGAGUCACAGGACUGCAGGGAGAACCACCUCAGAUCCUGGCUGUCUGAGCAGGCACCAUAGCCUUGGUGUGUGGUCAGCAUCUCUGUACAUCCCUCUGUCUCAUUAGUGUGUCCUGCAAGCAAGGAGCCCAUGCUCCCUAGGCCUCCUUGUUUGGGGGUUCUUCACUAUGUACUCAAGGAAGAAUCUGCUCCCCCGUUGGAUAUGGAGUCCCAGUGAUUACUACUAGAACCUUCUUUAGGCCGAUGAGCCCAAAACACCCAUAGUGUUCAGAAGGCAGAAUAUGUGCCUUCCUCUGGAGUGCAUUAGUUAAAAUGCCAUGUGUGAGAUAAGAAUGUGGCAAAACCCCCUACAUAUAAAUUCGAGGACUCACACCAAGGACUAGCAGGUACAGGGAGGGCAGAUUGGAGCUGCCAUAUAUUGGCUGGUGGGUCAUUCUGCUGGCCUGGGAUGGCCUGGUGACAUCUGGUGGGCCCUACCCGAGGAUCAUGGUGCCACACUGGCAUGGAAACGAAACACAUGAGACAGACAUCCCUCAUCCUGCACUUGGGGCUGCGAUGGGCAGCAGUGGCACCAUCCUCAAAUGUGCUGUGGGUGAGCUCCUCAGACCCCGAGGUAGAGAAGCAGACACACACAGCAGGGCUUACUCCUGUACCUUUCCUAUCUACUUUUUUUUGCUACAGGGCCACUGCCACAAAUACUAAACUAAGUGGGGUCUAGAACCUGAGCUCCAAAGCCAUGAAAACAUGUGGUCAUAGCCCAACUUCUGAAGGCUGGCUAUGUGUUGGGCUUGGUUUCUUUAUCAGUUACAUCUGUGACUUUUGUCCAGGGUCCUGUUUUCUAAACCUCUGAAACUGCCACUCAAAUUUGCCAUCAUUGUGAUGGAAUUUUUUUGGAUUUAAUAACAAUUGAUGAUCACAUUAAAUAUUUGCACAAUCUCUUUAUAAUUACCCUCACUAAGCUGCACUUGCCGUUUUAUAAAAUUGAACACGUUCCCUUACAUUCUUGGAUCUCAAAAGAACAUUUUCUAAGUAAGCACAGCUGAGAGGGUUUUGGUUUUCUUCUCCUAACAGUGUUCAUACCAGUAACUGUCUGAAAUGUGAUUAAGCCAGAAUUAUUUCUCUAUGCUUGCAUUCUGAAAUCAGCCGAAAAGACUAUAAAAAAAAUGUAUAGCUUAACUGCAAUUCUAGGCCUAUUCUGUUCUUUGUUCUAUGAAAGAAUUUCUCUAUAAUCCUGAUAUUAUAGUGCUGAUUUGUAUAUGUGUAUUCAUAGGCACUUUAGAGAUACUUAGACACAAAUGCACUAUAGAUGGUAAGCACAGUCGUGUUAAAUAGACUUUUGACUAACACUUGUACAGCGAGAGAGUCGAAAGUUUGAAGUCUAGACCUUAUAGGAUGCUUGCCUGGAGCAAGGCUUGGACCACGUGGAUGGGUUUCUGUGGGAUUCUGGCACUGUCACCACUUUUGAAAGGUUGUUGGGUACCAGGGUAAUCCCACUAAAUGUGGAGUAUACUUUUCUUACCUAACCCAGAUUUUAAGUUUCAAGUGUGUCCAUAACAUUUUUUUGAGAAAUGAGAAAGCAACAAAAGUCCUUUUUUGGGAUAACUAUUUGAUAUCUUAAAAUAAAUAAAUAAAUAAAUAAAUAAAUAAAUAAAUAAAUAAAUAAGGCUUUACUUUAAAACCUAGGUGUUUUUUUGCCUUUAACAUUUAAAGAAUAAUAUGAGAAUUUUGAGGACAGCCCUGAAGAAAAAGUUGCUUUCCUAGAAGAAAAGACUCAUGCCUCAAGGUGACACAGUAUAGAAGAGACUAAAACAGUGUCCAAACACAACUCAGCACAACACAAUGUAAUACAGUACAGAGCCAGUGUCCCAAAAGGCCACAAUGAAACAUAACACAUCACAGUACAAUAUAAAAAUAAUAACACAACACUGAGCCACCAAGUCCAGAACAACCACACGGCUAUUUUCUGACAAGUCUUUAGGACAUGAUCUAGGCUCUGAUUGUCUCUUUUACUUCUUAACCUCACCUGAUUGCCUAAUUGAAAUAACUCUUUCUUCUAGGAUUGAUCAGAAUAAAUUCUUAUGCAAAUUUGAUUGCAACCAGACACUUUAGAAAGUCAAAAUAUCCAUAUAUGCAUGGUAGUGUAGAUACUGCCAUGUAAGGAAAAAAAAGCACACAUUUAAGUAAAAUACUAUUUAUGUCAUCUGCUCUUGAUUGUCCCCAAAUCCUAUUUGCAAAACUUUAUUGUCAUGGUUUUGGCUUUUUACUUGAGGAAAAUAUCCUAACUGGUCUCUCUCCUUUCCGUUUGUCCAGCGGUGCUGUGAAGUAGAAUUGUGGUGCAGGCCGGGUACCCUGGGCUUUGUGGGGAGUGUGUUACUGUGCUCCUUCUGUGCCACACAGCCCAGAACACCAUCAGUGUAAACUCAAAGUAUAAACCUCAGUAUAAACUCAAGGGCAUUUCUCAAAAUGAAUUUGUUUCUAAAUCUCACCUUGUCGUGACUAUGGUGCCUGAACACGGGUGUACCGGAAGGGCAGGUGCGGUCCAGGGAGGAGCUGUUCCUGCUGAGGGUAAGGCAGUUGGAAGCCUGACUGGGGUUUGGAUGGAGCCUCCAGGACACUGUGUUAGCGUGUGUUAGGCUGUCUGUACCUUGCUUGUCACCUUCUGUGCUGGGCUCUUUUGAAUCUGUUUUGAAGUUUAAGCACAAUGUUGACCCUUCUGUAAUUUCCUAAAAUUCCAUUGUUUUCCUCAGACAGCUGAACUUUAGGAGAUACUGCUGUACAAUAAACGUGGUUUCCUUUUGUACUAGAACAA